CAGCCCAGCCCAGCCCAGCCCAGCCCAGCCUCCUGCAGCCUUCCCCACAUCAAGGGCCAGGGUCAAAGACCUCCCAGCAGAGGGAGAGAGGAGGUUGUGUGAGACAGGCUGCUCCUGACAGAAGGAUGUCACAGCUGAGCCUGUCCUGGCUGGGCCUCAGGCCGGUGGCAGCGUCCCCAUGGCUGCUCCUGCUGCUGGUCGGGGUCUCCUGGCUGCUGGCCCGUGUCCUGGCCUGGACCUACACCUUCUACGACAACCGCCGCCGGCUCCAGUGUUUCCCGCAGCCUCCGAAACGGAACUGGUUCCUGGGUCACCUGGGCCUGGUCCCCCCCACGGAGCAGGGGAUGAGGGUCCUGACUCAGCUGGUGGCCACCUACCCCCAGGGCUUUAAGGUCUGGAUGGGCCCCUUCAUCCCCAUCAUCCGUUUGUGCCACCCCAAUAUCCUCCGGUCUGUCGUCAACGCCUCAGCCGCCAUUGCACCAAAGGAUGAAGUCUUCUACAGCUUCCUGAAGCCCUGGCUGGGGGACGGGCUCCUGCUGAGUUCUGGUGACAAGUGGAGCCGCCACCGCCGGAUGCUGACGCCCGCCUUCCACUUCAACAUCCUGAAGCCCUACAUGAAGAUCUUCAAUGAGAGCGUGAACAUCAUGCAUGGCAAGUGGCAGCGCCUGGCCUCGGAGGGCAGUGCCCGUCUGGACAUGUUUGAGCACAUCAGCCUCAUGACCUUGGACAGCCUGCAGAAAUGCGUCUUCAGCUUUGACAGCCAUUGCCAGGAGAAGCCCAGUGAAUACAUCGCCGCCAUCUUGGAGCUCAGUGCCCUUGUGGUGAAAAGACACCAGCAUCUUCUCCUGCACUCGGACUUCCUGUAUUAUCUCACCCCGGAUGGGCGGCGCUUCCUCAGGGCCUGCCGCCUGGUGCACGACUUCACAGACGCCGUCAUCCAGGAGCGGCGCCGCACCCUCCCCAGCCAGGGUGUUGACGACUUCCUCCAGGCCAAGGCCAAGGCCAAGACUCUGGACUUCAUUGAUGUGCUCCUGCUGAGCAAGGAUGAAGAUGGGAAGGAGUUGUCUGAUGAAGACAUAAGAGCAGAAGCUGACACCUUCAUGUUUGAGGGCCAUGACACCACGGCCAGUGGUCUCUCCUGGGUCCUCUACCACCUUGCAAAGCACCCAGAAUACCAGGAGCGCUGCAGGCGGGAGGUGCAAGAGCUUCUGAAGGACCGUGAGCCUAAAGAGAUUGAAUGGGAUGACCUGGCAAAGCUGCCCUUCCUGACCAUGUGUGUGAAGGAGAGCCUGCGGUUACAUCCCCCGGUCCCUGCUGUCUCCCGCUGCUGCACCCAAGACAUUGCUCUCCCAGACGGCCGGGUCAUUCCCAAAGGUGUUAUCUGCCUCAUCAGUGUUUUGGGAACCCAUCACAACCCAACUGUGUGGCCGGACCCUGAGGUCUAUGACCCCUUCCGCUUUGACCCAGAAAACAGCAAGGAGAGGUCACCUCUGGCUUUUAUUCCCUUCUCGGCAGGGCCCAGGAACUGCAUCGGGCAGGCAUUCGCCAUGGCGGAGAUGAAGGUGGUGCUGGCGCUCACGCUGCUGCGCUUCCGCGUCCUGCUGGACCACACCGAGCCCCGCAGGAAGCCGGAGCUGGUCCUGCGUGCGGAGGGCGGACUUUGGCUGCGUGUGGAGCCCCUGAGCUGAGGUCUGCAGAGACCUACUCUACCCUUCCUAAAACGCCCCCUGAUUCAUCAGAAGUGGGGCAUACAAUUACCGUAUGACUCUAUUCCACUGUAAAGCUUUCCAUCCUAGAUAUAUACUCAAAAUAAUUGAGAAAGGUGUUCAAACAAAAAGACGCCUGUGCGUGAAUGUUCAUGGCAGCCCGAUUCACAGCAGCCAAACGCUGAAAGCAACCCCAAUGUAUAUAUUACCAGAUGAAAGCAUAAACAAAGGGUGGCCCAUCCAUACAAUGGAAUAUUACGCAGUCAUAAAAAGGAAUGAAGUACUGAUCCAUACACUGUGGAUGAACCUUGAAUACAUGAUACUGAAUGAAAGGCAUCAGAUGCAAAAGGUCGCAUAGUGUAUGAUUCAUUUAGCUGAAAUUUCCAGAACAGGCCAAUGUGAAGAGAUGUAAAGCAGAUUGAUGGUUUUCAGGAGCUGUGGGGAGGUGGGACUGAGGAGGACCUGCUGAUCAGGACAGGGUUUCCUCCUGGGACGGUGAAAAUGUUCCAGACCCAGAUAGUGACGAAGGUAGCAUGACAUUGUGAGUGCACUAAAUGCUGUUGGACUGGACACUUUGAAAUGGUUGAAAUGGUGAAUUUUAUUUUAUGUGAAUUCUACCUAAAAAUGGUGUAAUAACUCAUAUAUAUUUUUUCCAUCUGGAUUAUUCACACAGGAAUAUGUUGUGAGCAUCUUUCCAUGACUUUAAAUCAUCUUAGUAAACAUUA